UGAGUGCAUUGAGAUGAUGGAUGCCCUGCACUCCUCCUCAGCAAGUUGUUAGAUCAAGAGAUGUCUUUCCCUAUUGUAGCAGAGUGCUGCUACUCAACAAUGAAAGCCUCGCCCUUUUUCUUGCUCUAAUGGGGUUUAAGUACAAGCCCUUAUAGACGAUAAUGCAGAGUAAUGGUGAAAAGUCUGGGAGUCUGGCAGUCAUCUCUGUGUGCAGCAAUCUAACAGGAAAUUUUAGCCCAGACCUUUGCUUUUCCUGUCAGCGCUGGGGUUUUAUGUGUGUCAAUUAACAAACAUAAAUUUUUAAUUUGAACCUUUAAUUGAAUUGCUAAGCUAGCACCCAUAACUAGCUUUUGUUAUGGCAACUGGAGAAAAUAUGAUUCAGAUCCACUCACACGUGUCGGGGGUCGACCUGCCAAGUUUGUCUGUGCGUCUCCUGUUAGAUGUGUGCUCGUGUUAUCGAGUUUGCAAGUAUUGUCACUGCUGAUAUGUGAUGAGGGGAAACCGCUUGGAUGUAUUUUGAGGUCCCUCAGGGGCCUGCAGGGACUUGUAGGAAGAUGACCUGAUUUCUAAUUUUCUCCUCCCCUGCCUGGGCUCUGGGCUCAUCGCUUUUACAAACGGAGAAAGCCUGAGAAAGGACCGUGAGGGGACGAUGAGCCGACCCAGCCACAGCUUCUUGGAAUAUUCAGACACGUUAAUGUGGAUUUUGUUGAUGGAUUCAAGAGCAGCUUUAAAUCUUUCCUAGUAGAUCCAGGUGAGCUGCAAUGGCGGACCUGCAGCAGGAUUAUCCCAGAGUCCUCCUGGGCAUCCUGGAGGAGCUGGCGAAUAUGCGCCAGUGGCUGACGUUCCAGGACCUUUGUCGCAUGGUCAGCACGCGCUUUGAUCUCGACCACCUAAUUGAGCUGAGGGCUUUGUUAUUUGCUGCUGCCAGCAGUGACCCCUGUUUCCCCGCCACUUUGUUCCGAGACCGGGUUUCCACCAGAGGCCAGGCACUCUCCCCAAUAGGUGUCGCUGCAGACAUCGUGACCAUCUUCAAUCUAAUUCAGAUGACUGGUGGGGUCUCUGAAACCAACCAUCCAAUGAGAGGCCAGAGAAUAAUCCCUGUCGACCAGUCCCCUGGCCCCAGCCUGCCUGGUUUACAUCCCCUGAACACUCCUGGUCGAGAAAGAGCACGUGUCCACUCUGACUCCAGUGGGAGGCCUAUCGACCAGCACUUGCUUUUUCCAAAAUCGAAUUACUCUGCUCGCAAGCGCGGAAGUCUUCCCCCGGAUCCCAUUUCAUUUGUGUCCUCCCCACCCGUCCGGACAAGGGCUGUUUCUUUUGACCUGCCUCACACUACAUACUCAUACUCCAGCAGUCCAAGUCUCAAUGAGGUAAUGAAGAAUAUUUACCUGCCUCUGGAAACAGACAGUGAGUCGAGUGGAGAAUCUGCUGCAAUGGAAGUUUUUGAAGCUGAACAGGAAUCAUUGGCUGACCAGAAGAGAAGCACUUUCAGGAAAGACUUUCACAACCAGCCUCCUCUAAUACCACAGGUGACUGUCAACAGUGAGUCUCCCAGUCCCAAAGCAGGGCGUGCAGGCUUUGACAAUCUCAACUUUGAAUCAAUCCCAAAUCCGUACCCGUCGCCUACAGCAUCUCAUGUGUCACCAGAAAAGCGGGCUAAAGCUAAACAUGAGAGCUUUGAUGAUCUGCAGGAUUCAACUUACUUUGGACCAGGCUCAAUGCCGGAUCCUUCUCCCCGGCACCUUCGACCACCUAGGACACAGCGGGCCAUCUGGAGUAAUAAAAGCCACAGUCUAGAGGAUCAGAUAGGUGCUGGCAGCAUUGACUUAGGGAUGGAACCCCAGGCGGCACACCUUCCAAGGCGAUCUACUCCUGUUAUAAGUGGAUCCUCAGGAUGUGAGAAUAUAGACAGUGGAGUGCAAAUUGGAGGCGAUAAACUGAAGGCUCAGGGAACACAGACUGACCCACCAGAUCCUCGGAGACUCCGGAGCCUGGUUCAUGCUGAUCGGCUCUCCUUCAUGACUUCGCUAGACGACCCUGAGUUUGGUGAGGAUGACAUCAGUGCGAUCUUUCGAUUCUUAGAUGACAUUAGCAUGUGUGGCUCCACGGGAGUACUGCACCCCAGUGAUGGCAGUGCUAACCAGGACACCCCUGAGGCUCGACGUGGUCGUCUUGGUCAACUCCAAAGACUUUUCCAUUCCCUGGAAAGCAGUGAUGAUGGGCUAAAAGCAAGUGUCUGCAAACUGUUGCUUCGUAUGAGUCAGAUAGAAAGACAGCUAGAGUCACUGAAUGACGUAAAGGCGGAGAUUUCCCAGGUUCUGUCUGCUUUGCAGCGAUUGGAUGAAAAGAUCCAGCAGCCUAUUGUUGGUGGUGGUCAAACCACUGGUGGUACAUGGCUUGAGCCUCUCAGUGGUGUCUCCUCUUUUAUGAGCCACCCUAUGACUCCCUCUGAGUCAUCAGAACCUCAGCCUCUUUCUGCAACUGGGCAACUAUUUCCAGGGACCAGUACGAGUAGCCCGGACUGGAGCCGACUGAUGACCACAGGGGAUCAAACGGAAAGCAGUAAAGGUCAAACAGAUUCCAAAGGUCAUAAAGAGGGGAAGAAGGAUGCAUCAUCUCGCCGCACCUCAAAAACCCAACUUGAAGAAAAAGGUCUUUCUGAUACCAAACAGCUGAACAUCCCUAACUCUGCAAGAGACUGGCCAGUGUCAUUUUCCAAAAGUAAAGAUGGCAAAGGUUCCCAGAGGAAAAUUGGACAGGGAGAUCAGUCAGACAGCACUACUAACCUCCUUUCCCAAAAGCCAACCAGCAUGGUGGAACAAGUGUUUAACUCUUCACUGUUCCGUCACAAAGAUAGCAGCCUAACAAGGGGGCUUGGCUCCGGGAAGGUCAUUGAUGCCAGACUGGCCGAAGGAAGAGGGAGACCCAUAUGGACCGUAGAUGACAGAGAAGCACGAAUCUCCCCUUUGGACUUACAGGGUCAGGAGUCUCUGAAUCCAAACAAUCUGGAGUUCUGGGUGGAUGACAUCUACACUCCAGGCUACGACGCCCUCCUGAGGCGCAAAGAGGCUAACCUCCGCCGCCUUAAGAUCUGCAAGCUGGUUGCCCUCAUCGCAACUGUUGUGACCAUCAUCCUCAUCAUUGUCAUUCCCAUUUGCACUAUGGGCACAUGAACACCUUCAAAGAAAAUCUAUGCUGCUGCCUAUUUUUCCCCCUCCUUUAAUCACUUUUAAUCUUUCAGCAGCCAUGUCAUGUACUUGGAAACUUGCACGGCAUCCUUAUGAAGAUUAUCAACUGAGAGACUCUUACAUUUGAACUUUAAAAAUCUAUACUUGUAUUUCUUUGCAUGAUGCACAAGGGUUUAUUAUGUCAGAAAAAAAAAUCUCUGAUAAUCCUUUAACAUCCCAUUUUUCAGCCAUUUUCUGGGAUUAAUUUGAUUAUGUAUGUUUUCAGAAAAUAUUAGGUAUCAGACUAGUUCUGGAUGAACAUAACAACAACACUGAGCCAACUGACAAGCAUCGGUUUCUACCUACUUUCUUCAGCACUGAGCACUGCCUGACUUGUACUUGCUGUUCCUUUGAGAACAACCCGGGACUUAUUUCACCUUUAUGUAAGAUAAGAGACAUAUAAGAGUUUUAUCAAUAGGUGAGAGAUUCUGUUAUUCCUAGUAUUGGAUGGUGUGAACAAGGGGUGUUUUCUUUUAGUCGGAAUGUACUUGAAGUUCCUUGAAUCUAUGUCACUGUUCGAACAAACAGGAAUCAAUAAAAUUAAUAUUUUUAUGGA